GGCCUCGGUCCCUGGGCUGUGACGUCAUCAGGCCCGCGCCGGGAAGCUCCCGCUCCAGCCUCCCUACCCCCGCGUGCGGUGCCGCUUUCCAGCUUUCCAGCACCGGCCCCAUGAGGCGCAGCCGGCAGGUGACGUGCGCGACUUGGGUCCGCAGGGGCAUCGCCAAGGAGACUCCGGACAAGGUAGAACUAAGUAAGGAUGAGGUCAAGCGUCUCAUUGAUGAAGCAAAGGAGAAAAUAAGAGACAUAGACAGCAGUGAGGAAGGAGAUGCUGCGGAGGAUGACACAGACCACAGCCUCGCUGAGACACGGGUAGCGGAGCCCCCAUCGGAGGGCGGCCCGGAGGACGAUGACGACGAGCUGGCCGAAUACGAGCUGGAUAAGUAUGAUGAGGAAGACACAGGUGCUGACACUCUGCAGGAGACUCUCUUGGGGCUCACGGUCUAUGGGAGUAAUGAAGAGGAUCCUUACGUUACCCUCAAAAAUACGGAGCAGUACGAACAUGAAGAUUUUCUGAUCCAGCCCAGCGACAACCUCGUCGUCUGCGGCAGGGCUGAAGACGACCAGUGUAAUCUGGAGGUCCACGUCUAUAACCAGGAGGAAGACUCGUUUUACGUGCAUCAUGACAUCAUCCUGUCUGCUUAUCCUCUGAGUGUGGAAUGGCUGAAUUUUGACCCCAGCCCCGAUGAAGCCCCUGGAAACUAUGUGGCUGUGGGCACAAUGUCCCCUGUGAUUGAGGUGUGGGACCUUGAUAUCGUGGACUCUUUGGAGCCGGUGUUCUCCCUUGGGAGCAAAGACGGGAAGAAGAAGAAAAAGAAGAAAGGGAAAAAGAACCGAACAGCUGAGGAGACCCCAGAAGGACACACUGAUGCCAUUCUCGAUCUUUCAUGGAAUAAGCUAAUCAGAAACGUGCUGGCCAGUGCUUCGGCUGAUAGCACAGUGAUCCUCUGGGACAUGUCUUUGGGGAAGCCUGCGGCCAACCUGACUCUACACACAGACAAGGUCCAGACACUGCAGUUCCAUCCCUUUGAACCACAGACCUUGAUUUCGGGAUCAUAUGACAAGUCCGUAGCCUUGUACGAUUGCCGGAGUCCACAGGAGAAUCACCGCCUCUGGAAGUUUAGCGGGCAAGUGGAGAGAGUGACUUGGAACCACUUUUCUCCCUGCAAUUUUUUGGCCAGCACGGAGGAUGGCUUUGUGUACAAUUUGGACGCACGUUCAAAUAAGCCCAUUUUUACACUCAAGGCACAUGAUGAAGAAGUUUCCGGACUCGAGCUAAGCAGUCAGAUUAAGGGCUGCCUCGUCACCUCCUCGUCAGACAAGUAUGUGAAGAUUUGGGACAUACUGGGAGACAGGCCGAGUCUGGUCCACUCCAGAGACAUGAAAAUGGGUGUUCUCUUUUGUGCCUCCUGCUGCCCGGACUUGCCUUUUGUUUAUGCCUUUGGGGGUCAGAGAGAAGGACUUCGGGUCUGGGACAUCAGUACCAUUUCUUCAGUGAAUGAAGUUUUUGGGCAGCGAGAGCGGCUGAUUGUCGCCGGUCAGUCACACUCAGCGGUCAGCAGCUCCCUCGCCCUCACAGGGCAGAGCGGCGGGGACGCGGAGACAGUCAUGGAGUCUUAAUAAAUCUUUAUCUCGUCAUCUUUGCUGGG